AUGAUCAUCCGAAUAUGGGUACAGGCGUGCUUACUCACCGCGAUCCUCUUGUUUCCCCUGCGCAGCAUUGGUCUGCAAAACGACCUGGUCAUGGGUACUGUGACCGGGGCCCGUUCACGGAACACAUCAUUGCGAACAGCUGCGGCGAAUUUGAAUUUCGAAUCGGACUCGUUUCCCUGCGAUUACUGCGAUCUGGAGACGUGUACGGCGAGGAAACGGACGUCCAGAUCGUCGGGGCGUGAAGUUUUUUGUUUUUCAAAGAGGAGUGUUAAUGAGGGUAAGUUGCGAUCUCAAAUCAGCAAUAAAUACAGUUCAUAGUGACCAUUUUUACAUAAUAUUACAUCUUUCAGACGAAAACGCUGAGCCAACAUCGACCUGCAUAACGGAUGAGGCCGAAUUGAGAUAUCUAGUGCUAGCAGAGCGACUGAAGGACAGUAAUACUUGCCAGCCAGCAAAAGAGGAUCCUAAUCUCAGGAUAUGCUGGUGUAAGGAGUCUCUUCGAAGGAGGUAAGCGAGUGGAUCUUUUGCUCAUUAAACACAUGUUUUGCGGAAUUUUCACGAAUCAUUUUAGCCUAUCGCGUGUGGAGCAGUUGCAAGAACGAAGCCGGCUUCGUUUCGCCACGGGAACCAAAGGUGGCAUCAAGUUGGUGCAUUAUCAAAGCGUGGAUCAAAAACAAGUCACACAGAACUACGAAAACAUUGUAAAGGUGCGAUUACCAUCUUGAAAAAAGAAUUUUCUCUUGUUAAAAAUUAUGAUGACUAAAAUUGCAGUCCCCGCAAACCCUGCGGCAAGGUCCUCGAGUUCAAGCCUCCGGCCUUCAACGCUCCGGUUCCACGGUUCCGCCGACCCCUCAGGACUUCCAUUCAAGGCAUAAAAUAGCCUCGACUCAUGGUGGAAUCGCCGGUCGACCGACCAACCCCCGCAGGCCAUCUUCAAGUCCAUUUACGGACUCGGCUAGCCUAAGCCGGCCAAGUGUUGUGGCUCUAUCAUCAGUGAUGAUUAUUUAUUAUCUUAGGCUGUUAUAG